UUUUGUUCACUUUUACAACGAAAAUGGCUUCUGACAAAACACAAGAUGAACGAUCAUGGCUUUUGGAGAAUGGUAAUCCAAAGGUCUUGAGCAAGGAAUCAAGACACGGAAAUGGCCGUAGUCGAAGAGCGCAUAACAUUUCUUCUGCUUCAUUGCGAAAGAAAUCUCAAUUUACUCUCGUCUCCCACAUUCCAUGGCAUUCGCUUAGGUUUGUUUUGGCUAACAUCCAAGAGGUUAUUCUUGGUACAAAGCUUUCCAUUCUCUUCUUUGCCGUUCCUGGUGCGAUGGUAGCUCAUGAUCUUGCCUUAGGAAGAUCAUGGGUUUUCAUAUUGAGUUUACUUGGGCUUACUCCACUUGCUGAACGCGUGAGCUUUCUUACAGAACAAAUUGCUUUCUUCACCGGUCCUACAGUUGGAGGGCUUCUUAAUGCAACGUGUGGAAAUGCUACUGAACUCAUAAUUGCAAUAUUUGCUCUUAGCACCAAUAAAAUUGCCGUUGUCAAGUAUUCUCUUUUGGGUUCCAUUCUUUCAAAUCUUCUGCUCGUUCUUGGAACUUCUCUACUUUGUGGUGGCAUUGCCAAUCUUAGGUUGGAGCAAAAAUAUGACAGAAGACAAGCAGAUGUGAACUCACUUAUGCUACUAUUGGCAUUGUUAUGCAUGUCGCUUCCAAUGCUAUUCACAUACAGUGCUGCAUUACCGGAACUCACAGUAGAGCCUACACUCUACUUGUCAAGAGCUGCUAGCAUUGUCAUGUUGGCUGCUUAUUUUAUUUACUUGAUCUUUCAACUAUGGACACAUAGGCAAUUAUUUGAAGCUGAAGACGAAGGCGAAGGUGAUAACAAUGAAACAGAAGUGGCUGUGAUUGGAUUUUGGAGUGGAUUUGCUUGGUUGGCGGGAAUGACUGUGUUCAUUGCUAUAUUGUCUGAAUAUGUGGUUGAUACAAUUGAGGAUGCAUCAGAUUCAUGGGGUUUAUCUGUGAGUUUCCUCAGCAUAAUCUUGCUUCCAAUAGUUGGCAAUGCAGCUGAACAUGCAGGAGCAAUCAUUUUCGCUUUCAAGAACAAGCUGGACAUUUCCUUAGGUGUUGCUUUGGGCUCUGCUACUCAAAUUUCCAUGUUUGUGGUUCCCCUCUGUGUUACUGUUGCUUGGGGAAUGGGUGUGAAUAUGGACCUAAACUUCAACCUCCUUGAGACAGGUUCUCUAGCUGUGGCAAUUAUAGUCACAAGCUUCACUUUACAGGAUGGUACUUCUCACUACAUGAAAGGCGUUAUUCUCCUACUCUGCUACUUUGUUAUUGGUGCUUGCUUCUUUGUACAAAGAUUUCCAAGUGGCCCAAGUAAAAUUCAAAACGCCACUCUUAAAUCAGUGAUUGGUCCAGUUACAUGCGCCAAUUAGGGUUUGACCUAUUUUAGUUUGUUCCAUUUAUGAAGGAUGGUAGCAUAUAUCCAAACUCAAAUUCAGAUUCAGUAUAUUGGUUAUUGGUUCAUUUUAAUCAUUUUGUCACAUCGAGAUAGGAGGGAGGAAAAAUGUUUGCAGUGGGAAAUUUCAUUGCAAGCUAAGUGAAUAAGGCCUCUAAGUUUAUAAGCCAUAUAUUUUGUUUUUUAUUUGUAUAGAGUUGAUCAUCUAAAAAAAUAAGAAUAAAAAUUUUUUCUGAA